AUGAGCUCCAGCAGGUGGGCGUGGGCGGUAGCCGAGGUGGCGGCAGGCGCGCAGGUGGCGGCGUACCUCGACGGAGCGGCGAGUCUGGUGGCGGGCGGCGGCGGAGGCGACUCGACGGGAUCACUGGCUCGGCGGGCGCGGGCGGUGGGCGCGGAGCUUGGCGUGGCAGAGCCGGAUGCUGUGGCCAUUUACGCCUCGCUUGUGCCGGUCUCGUUCUCAGGCGGGAUCAGGGUGCCUUUGCUCGACAUCGACUCCCGGUUUGUAGCCCUGGCCGAAAUCAAGCUACUUGCCGACGGCGCCCGCCCGGGCGAUGCGCUGCCUAGCUUUGCCACCGCGCAUGAAAUGGCGCACCUUGCCGAGCACCAUCCACUGGUGCUGACGGCUGUGCACAGCUUCAGCGCCGGGGCGGCGGCGGCGGGCAUUGUCUCGGCAUGGGCCGGCGGCGGGCGUCCGCUCAGUGCGCGGGUGGCAGCGACGGCGGCGGCAAUUGGCUUGGUCGUUGUGGCUGACACGCUUGCGUCGCAGCUGUGCGAGUUGCGGGCGGAUGCGCGGGCGGCAGGCGCAGGCUAUGCCGCAGCUGGCAUCGCUGCGCUCGAGAGCUAUGGUGAGCAGUUCGGCGUCCACCCCCUGGCAUGGAGCCGGCGGCAUCCGCCGCUGGCGCUGAGGCUUGCGCUGCUCCGCAAGUAUGGCGUUUAG